AUGGAGGAAUCCGUCUUAUACGUCCGCUCGGUUCAAUUGAAAGAGACUGCCGUCGUCGACAAAAUUGCAUGUAAGACUUUAAAAGAGGCGAAACAUUACCUCAAAGAGAAGUUUGCAACAGAAAAACACCAACACGUUGUAUUAUUGAAUAAAACAAAGGUCAUCAAAACUGAGGUCGACUACCAAGAACUCCCCAAUAAAACACUUCUUUAUUUCAAGACUAAACUUUCGAAAAAACGACAAGCGGAAAUCAGUGAGAACGAUUCGAUCACUGAAAUGCUUCAACGAUUUCUUCUCGGGUUUUUACAAGGAGAAACAUCCAAUUUUGAAAUUGUCUAUUACCUCGAGCCUGCUACGAACCUUCUCACUAUUGUUCUUCAACCAAGAUAUACUCAUGACUCUUCUGAGAACGGAAAUAUUGAAAUUGGUAUGCAAAACGAAGAGGUAUUGAAUACCCCAAUUGUGGAGGAACAUGUUGAAGAAGUCCCACAUAGAGACUUGUCCAUUAUCGAACAUGUAGUUUGGGAAACAAUUAAAUUUAUCAACUCCAAAAACAACUUAACAAAGGAGAGACUUUUUAAUCGAAUAGGUUUACUCUUCUCGUAUGUCUUUAUGAUGAACAACGCUUCUAUACAUAGCGUCAUAUCAAGUUUUUUAACGGAGAUGUCACAAACGUUUUUGAGGGUAUAUAAAGAGUCGCAUAUCGACGGGUGCAAACUGAGAGAAUUUCUUAAUGUAGUUGCACAGUUCUGUUACUCGUAUGUCGAUCAUGUCGAGAACUCGACAACAAGCGAAAUCGAAGUGUUUCAGGAAAUGACUCGAAGCUUUUUUGUCCAAGUCAAUGAUAGGAAAUUAUUGUCGGUGUUUUUCGACUUGUCUGAUUAUCUCCUCACCGCUAGACAUACGGCAAAUAUUCAAGAACGAAAGGACAGUAUUUUUGAUGCCAUCACCGAUCUCAUUAAUUAA